AGGUAGCACAAUGCAUUUUGCGAUUGGUUUUCCGUUCAAAACAAAUACAAAGAUAGAAACGCGAACGUUCAGAGAUAAACAUUUUAAUUGAUUUUACGUAAAAAAAAAACACCCAACAGUUACCUGGAAAUACCAGGCGGUGGACUCCCGAGACGAUUACCCAUAAUUGUCUUGAUUUCACGUCAAAGGUCCUUGAAGCAGUAUGAUUUUCACAGCGAUGUUGCGAGCUCGGCCAUCAUCUUUUUUACACUCACAGACUGGGUGCCUGGUCUUAACGCGGUGCAUUAGCUAUGUACAAGGGCAGUCACCUGCCCCUAAAGUCAGAGAGUACUUCUAUUACAUCGACCAUCAAGGACAGCUGUUUCUUGAUGACACAAAAAUAAAAAACUUUGUCACUUGUUUUAAAGAUAAACAGUUUCUGAGGUUUUUCUUCAGACGACUAAAAAUAAACAAAACAGGUCGUUUUGAUGACGAGUUUCCUUACAUAUCCCCAUGUGGAGUUGAGAAGAACUACAUUCGGUGUGAAGAUCUCCCCAUAGUAUUCCACAAGUUAGAAACCUCACAAGAUAACACAUCCUUCAGCGUCUUGAAGUGUAAUGGAGUUGAGGAUGGAAUGGAUGUAGAAUUUCAACCAUCGAAAAUUUGUAUGCUGCCUGAGAGUGGAAGAGUUUACCACCCUGGCCCAGAAAAGGCAGGAGGUAUAGGGCUCAUUAAAUCAAGCCUGGCUAUUUCCCUCAGCUCGUACUUCGAGUACAAGGCUGGGAGCAGUGACGAGGAUCCUCCAUCUCAUUUCAAUUGGAAUGGAGAAUUGCAUGAACUUGACAACUCACUCUGGGAUCUUAUAAGAAGUGACGAAAUUGCAAGCCUACAAAAAAGACUUGGGGUCAAAUAGAUUGUCUUUGGCUGGAUAACUGCAUAUAUAAUUAUUUUAUUAAAAUUCUGGUGCAUAUAUAAUUAUUUUAUUAAAGUUCUGGUACAACAAAUUAUAGUGGGCAAACAGUAAAAGCGUGAAAGAUUAUUAAAACCAAAUUGCACUAUUUUGUACAAUUACUACAGUAAAUAGUAAAUUGUCAAUUUCCCUCACAAAAUAGUGUGGCCGCAAAACCGAAACAGUGAGACAAAAGAAAACAAAAGAAAGCCAAAGUCACGGUCCAACUAUUUUACUAAAUACUAAAAAGUGGUGUUCCAGUUCCACUGUUUUCAUCAAAUUAUACAAAGAGUACUAUUUACUAACUAAUCUUUCACGCUUUUACUGUUUGCACUCUAGUUUAUUGAAAGAGAAAACAAAAUUGAAUAUGAUUGUCUUCUGUAUAAAAUGACUUUACAGACGAGAUGCGAAAUGAAAUAUUAUCGCAGGCAAACUAUAGAAUAGUACUAGUUGCACCUUGCUCGAAAAUGGACAGCAAUAGAUCCCAGACAGAUAUUAUAUACGAGAGAGUUUUAACCGUGUUUGCAAACACUAAACACUUGAUUAACAUUUGUGCGUUUUGAGUUCGGCUUGAAUGUUAAGUGCGGAUUCACAUAUAAUUGGCUAAAUCCUGUCCCGGAGAAACAAAAACACACGUACCGACAGUGGACAAAACCAUAAACAAAAACAAGACUCCGUGUAGUGCGGAUUGGCCCAUAGAGUCAUAAAAACAGGCGUUCACAUUUGUGCAUUUGUUAUUUCACAGAUUGCUAUCCUGAAAAAAAAAAACUUGAGUACAGAAGUAUAAAUUAUGAAUGUCAAUAGUUAAAUUACAACACCAUCAGAGAC